GUUCCCCUGGAAAACAAGCGGAUAACUCAGCCAGUGAUCAAGGAAGAAACUCAGUGACCCCAACCAAGGCUGGAAAACUGAGCCAUGCUUUCAGAGAUCCCCGACCGGGGAGGAAAACUGCAGAGGGACAAGUGACAAAAGGUGGCGAUGAGUCUGAGAGCGAUUUUGAGUCUGAUCCUCCUUCUCCUAAGAGCAGUGAAGAAGAAGAAGAACAGGAAGAUGAAGAAGUCUUGCAAGGAGAGAAUGGAGACUUCAAUGAUGACAAUGAUACCGAACCAGAGAAUUUAGGCCACCGUCCUCUGCUCAUGGACUCUGAGGAAGAGGUGGAGGAAGAGGAGGAAGAGAAGCAAAGUUCUGACUCCGAUUCCGAUCGUACCAAGCAAAAACCUGUGGAAGGGCUCCUGAGCAGUAGGUUCAGAGAUGGUGUGGGCAGCGGUGAAAGGCAAGAACCUAGUUCAAUGCAUACAUCUGGGUCUGAGGUGCCAAGUUCUGUAGUCAAGGUGGACCCUGGCCAAGAAUUUGAUGUGUUUGGUGCAGUGCCCUUUUUCACUCUGCAGCCUCAGGCCAGAGAGAUGGACAAGGAUGUUUCUUCUCAGACGGCUUUUCCUGGCCUGAACCAGGAGCAGGAUGACUUUGAUGUUUUCACAAAAGCCCCCUUCAGCAAAAAGGUGUCUCAGCAAGAUGGCCAGGUACUGGGAACUGAGCCUCUGCUCUCCCCCACCUCUCCACUGAGCCUUGAUAUUUUUGGCUGCAUCCCGUUUCAGCCUUCCCUUCUCCCCAAGACUGGUGGGAGUAAAGAGGACCUGUUUGGGCUGGUUCCUUUUGAAGAGAUCACAGGGAGUCAGCAGCAGAAGGUGAAGCAGCAGCGUAACCUGCAGAAGCUUUCUUCUCGCCAAAGGCGCAUGAAGCAGGAGGUCUCGAAGAGCAACGGGAAGCGCCACCACGGCACCCCAACCACCACGAAGAAGGCGCUGAAGCCGAGCUACCGCACCCCUGAGAGAGCCCGCCGGCACAAGAAGGCCGGCCGCAGGGACUCGCAGAGCAGCAACGAGUUCCUGACCAUCUCGGACUCCAAAGAGAACAUAAGCCUUGCGUUGACGGACAGCAAAGAUCGAACCAACCCUCUGCAGACCGACGAGAGUUUGCUGGAUCCUUUCGGAGCCAAACCCUUCCACCCGCCAGACUUGAUGAGGCAUCCCCAGCACCAAGGGUUUGGGGACAACCGCGGGGAUCACGGCACGGUGGUAGUGGCCGGUAGAGCCAGGCAGAGCUCCUUGCACGGAGCCGUUCACGGCGCUGACGGGCUGAAAACAGAUGACUUUGGUGCGGUACCGUUCACGGAACUGGUGGUGCGGAGCACGCAGAGCCAGCAGCAACAGGCGCUGGAGUUAGAUCCCUUUGGAGCAGCUCCGUUUCCUUCCAAACAGUAA